AUCGCUGCAGCAAUCAAGAAGAGAAAUCUAGUUGUAUUCCCUUUAAGUAGCAGAUAUUGGCGUCCCCGAUGAUUCGUAAGCUUUAAAAUACUUUACGGGAACAUAAAGUGUAACAUUUAACUGAAAUUCAUUUAAUAAUAAAUGAAGAACAUACGUUGUACUUUACACGACAAUAAAUUAUUUUUCGUCUGUUCGGUUAUAUAACGAAAGUGAACAACAUAAAAAUGAUAUUCGAGCAAUUUAACGUUUGUAAAUAUUUAUGAUAUUUGUCAGGUAAUUAGAAAGUACUAAAAGAAUUUGUUUUCGGUUGGAAUGAGUCAGGAGGAAACAGGCGCGAAAAUGGCGAUUUGUGUUUCGAAGGAAUACCGUAUCAAAUAAUUGGAAUUUAAAGUGAUGCAGUGUUCUGUAACGUUUAGCCGGAAAUGAAAUAACAAAAGAGAAAUGUAAUUAAGAGUGCUUACUUAGUUGUACGCACGCAAAGUGUCUAACGUAUCUCCUUUAUCUUAUUGCCGCAAAGAAACUUAGUUUGAUGAAUUGUAUUACUCUCUUUUAAUAAAUAAAAUGGAAUCUGAAAGUGCUGUUAUGUUGGAAUCAUGUGGAGAUGAUUCAAUCUUAAUCCAGACUGUGAAAAACAUAGUCACAGAGGAUGUACGUGCUGAACUGGAAAGCGAGGAAGAGGAGUUUUUUGUUGUGACAGAUGUUGAAGACGCACAACAAAAUAUAAUAGAAGUAUGUAAUGAAGAAUCAGCUGCAACUGAAAAUGACGAACGAAUAUCCUGGACCAACUUAUGCAGAAUAUGUGCUAAUACCAAUGAUCAUUUAAUUCCAAUAUUUGAAGGGGAAGGAUUGCAACAUGACCUGAGUAAUAAAAUACAUAAAUAUUUACCUAUACAUAUAUCCGAGACAGAUGUGCUUCCAUUGCAAUUGUGUUACCAUUGUGCUGCUACGUUAUUAGCGUGGCACGAACUCUUAGAAGGAUGCUUGACUGCGGAAAGACGGUUAUUAGAGAUGCAGGAUAGUCUGCAGGAGAAACAGAGUUCAGAAGGUCUAGAAGUAUCAGUAGAUACAACGGUAUCCAAUGUAACGGAAUCUCUGCAUCAAGAGCAGGAAACUGUGAAGGAAGAAGAUUGUGGGGAAGUGGCUGAGAAUGACUUGAACAGGUUUGGUCUACCUCGGAAGAAAUCCCUCGCGGCAUACUGCUCGUGGCAUAUGACAGCGAUGCGCUCAAAUAAUAUUAUUCAGACCAAUAACAAAUGUACAGUUCCUCAGGAAUUCGUCGAAGUGAUCGGUGAAGGGAAUGCGGCGAAGGAAGAUCGCAAAGAAGACAGCACCGACUCGUUUAGCAAUUCAGCUACUUCAGAGUUCAGUGUAUCCACUGUAACGACGUCCACGCUUUCCCCUAAAGACUCCGUCAGAGAAACGGUACCGUUAACACAGAAGUGCGUUGGUUCACGAGACAACGGUCUCCACACGUGCGCGACGUGUCAAAGAAGUUUUAAAAGGGAAUGUCACUUGACACGACACUCUUCUAAAUGUACAAACAGCACGGCAGAUAGUAUCGACCAAACGGACGAGAGCGUGUCAAAGGAUUCGACUGAAAACGAGAGUAAAAUCGAGGCGAACGACAGGGAAAAUCGGAAAUCGUACGAGAGGCACAAAAGGAAACGACACGAGACGCACCCGUGCAUGUACUGCGAUUACACGUCUAAGAGGAAGAAGCUGUUGGAGGUUCAUCUAAUGGAGUCUCACGCAGAAUUCAUUGGGAAGAAGGACAGGAAGCUGCGGUGCGCCGAUCGUGAGUUGGUGACGCGCGCCAAGAUGGAGGUCGACGGGAAAGUGUACUACCAUUGCGACGAGUGCGGAAAGAACCUGUAUUCCCCGUACACCUUCUACUGGCAUGUACGGAUACACACUGGCGAAAGGUCUUAUACGUGUCACCUAUGCGGCAAGCAGUUCCGCGUGAACCAGGGUCUAGCCAGGCACUUGAAGGACACACACGCCGGCAUAAAGAACUUCCCCUGCGACAUCUGUGGCCGGAUGUUCACCACGAAACGGAACGCGGAGGAUCACAGGCGGAUACACACCGGCGAACGGCCGUACGUCUGCAACGUUUGCGGGAAAUCGUUCAAGCAGAAGGCCUCCCUGUUCGUGCACAACCGAACACAUUCAGACGUGUUCCCGUUCAAGUGCAAUUACUGCGAGCAGAGCUUCCGCACGAGGCCGCCGCUCGCCGUCCACAUAACGAAGCACACCGGCGAGAAACCGCACGCGUGCGACAUCUGCGACCGCCGGUUCCGCAUUAAAUACGAGCUGAAACGCCACCGGUUGAUCCAUUUCGACGAGAAACCGUGGCGGUGCACGGAGUGCGACCUCACCUUCCGGCAGAAACGCUACUUAGUUAAUCAUAAGAGAAUUAAUCAUACGUAUCGGUUCACGCCGGCCGUCGAGUAACAGGGACAACUCUAU